GUUAAUCUUCGAAGAUUUUCGCUUUUUGUUUCUCCUCUGAAAUUAUGGAUUCAUCAAAACUCCACAGGAAUACUUCAUGAUUUCCCCCCCUUCUUUCGCGUUUACAGAAAUGGCAAGGUAGAGAGGAUCACAGCUGACGCAGAGACUGUACCACCAUCCAAUGACCCUCAUACAGGAGUCCAAUCCAAAGACACUGUGGUCUCACAGGAAAACAGCCUGUCUGUCCGUCUCUUUAUCCCCAAAAUCAAAGAUCCAAGCCAAAAACUCCCUCUCCUGAUAUACAUCCAUGGUGGUGCCUUUUGCAUUGAGUCUCCUUUCUCUUCCACGUACCAUAACUACCUCACUAAUUUAGCCCACCAAGCUAAUGUUAUUGCUGUGUCCGUUCAGUACAGAAGAGCCCCAGAGCACCCUCUCCCUAUAGCAUAUGAUGAUUCAUGGGCUGCGAUCCAGUGGGUUGCUUCACAUGUAAAUGGUAAUGGGGUUGAGUCCUGGCUAAAUAAGCAUGCAGAUUUUGAGAGAACGUUUUUGGCUGGUGAUAGUGCUGGUGCUAACAUUGCACACAACAUGACUGUUAGAGCUGGGGUUAAUGGGCUGUUCGGAGUCAAAACCGUUGGUAUGGUUUUGGCGCACCCAUUUUUUGGUGGCGAAGAGCCUGAUGUUUUUAGUCCGGUGAUAGAGUACAUCUUUCCAGAUGUUAAAAUCUACGAUGAUCCUAGGAUUAAUCCUGCCGGUGCAGGUGGGGUGGAGCUGGCAAGCUUGGGGUGCAGCAGGGUGCUAAUUUUUGUUGCUGGGAAUGAUGGCUUGAGAGAAAGGGGAUACAGUUACUGCGACGCAUUGAAGAAGAGUGGGUGGAGUGGAGGGGUGGAGAUUGUGGAGACUGAAGGAGAAGAUCACGUUUUUCACUUGUUUAACCCCCAUUGUGACAGGGCUGUGUUCAUGAUGAAGCAGGUUGUUUCCUUCAUAAAUCCAGUCCCUUAGGUCCAUUCACUUUUAUGUUUGCAUCAUUUUAUUUUCAAGAGACGCAUGCCUUCUGGAAAUAAAUAGGUCACUCAGUUUAUAAGCCUAUUCCUUUUACUUUCACAGCACGUCCGACUGUUAGAUCCGCAUGUUUGUAGAUCCGCAUGUUUGUAGAUCCAUGGUUCACGCAAAGCUUUAGCCAAGCCAUGUCCAUGGGAUCAUUAGAUGCAAUUCUUGUUGGAUGUAAUGGAUUAUAUAUAUGGAAUGUAAUGAUUCACUUUUAUGUUUGGCUGUAUAA